AUGCGAGUAACUAGAAGGCUCUUCAACGUGUUUUCGAAAGCCAUUGCACAUAAAUUGGAGCAAUAUAGCCAGUUCCAACCGUCGUCACUGUCAAUCCAACAAUAUUUGGACUUUGGGAGAACCGGGACUGCACAGUCAUCGUUUUUGUUCUUGAAAAAUGAAUUACUUGUUCGGCUAGCAAAUAUUAUGCAGGAAAUUAAUCUUUUGCCUCCGAAUCUGUUACGAAUGCCGUCAGCGCGAUUGGUUAGCGAUUGGUACUGCGAAAGUUUUACAGAUCUGCUACGGUUCGAAGGUGUAACAGCAACUACCGAGUCCAUGUCCCAAUUUACCGAACAGAUACAAACAAUUCUGAAAAGACAUAGUCAUGUUGUUGAAACAAUGGCUGAAGCCUUAAUUGAACUGCGUGAAUGUGACGGUUCUGACGUUGUGGAAGAAAAAGGACUGCAAUAUUUCCUGGACCGACUAUAUAUUAAUAGGAUUUCUAUUCGAAUGUUACAGAAUCAACACCUUCUGGUUUUUGGAUCGGUUUUGCCAGAAAGUCCUCGACAUAUUGGUUGCAUAGAUCCCGAAUGUCGUGUGGAAGCUGUAGUCAAUGAUGCAUACGAAAAUGCUCGAUUUCUAUGCGAAAGGUAUUACUUAACGGCCCCUGCUAUUAAAAUUGACAUGCAAAACACUGUGAAUCCAGGAAGUCCGAUAACAAUUGUUACAGUCCCAUCACACCUAUAUCAUAUUUUGUUCGAGCUUUUCAAGAAUGCUAUGAGGGCAACAGUUGAACAUUUUGGCGUUGAUGAGGAUCUACCAGAUUUGAAGAUCCGGUUGGUGCUGGGGAAGGAGGAUCUGUCAAUUAAGAUAACGGAUCGUGGUGGAGGGGUUUCUAGAACAAAGCUCAAGUACUUAUUUAAUUAUAUGUAUAGUACCGCACCGCCACCACCAAGAGAUGGUACUCAGCCACCGCUGGCUGGUUAUGGUUAUGGACUUCCAUUGUCACGUCUUUAUGCCCGUUACUUUCAUGGUGACAUGUUCCUGGUUUCCAUGGAGGGCUUUGGUACUGAUGCAAUGGUCUACUUGAAGACCCAACCGCUUAAGGCAAGCGAAGUCUUGCCAAUUUAUAGUACUUCAUCAAAACGCAACUUGACGAUGGGCCCUCAAGCUGCAGAUUGGUCUCAUCAACUCCCAGAACAUGGAGAACGUAUGUAAUU